CGAUAUGAAAAGGACGUAAUGCUUUUUGCCCCGGGAACUCCAUAGCCAAUCACGUGCGCGAUAGAUCACGAACUGUAGUGGUGGGUUAGUGGCAGUGGUUAGUGGUGGCUACGUCAAAUUAACAAUGCCCGCGAGAAGGCUUGGUUACUUGGCAUUUGUAUACAAUACAAGAGUACAAGUUAGAGUCAAAGUUUCAAAGUGCAACAACAAAUUAUUUGGAGAACAACAGGUUACAAGUAACGUGAAACAAAUAUUCUAAAAAUAAUAUUUGUAGUCUGUUUCAAUAUGUAAAGCUGUUGUUUUCUUGCCUCAGUGGAAUUAAAGCCAAUCCGACUUUAAUCGCUAUUUGACUGAUGCAAAAUGAGCUCAAGUGAAGUCCAUGAUUUUCCAUCAGAGGGACAUUCUGCUGAAAUCUUAAGUUCUAUUAAUAUCUUGAGGAAGAGGAACCUCUUAUGUGAUGCAAUCCUUUGUGUGGAAGGUCGUAAUUUCCCUGUCCAUCGAGUGAUCCUUGCUGCAUGUAGCGAUUACUUUGAGGCAAUGUUCACAAGUGGAAUGAGUGAAAGUUCAAGCGAACAAGCAAGAAUUGAGAUUAAAGGAUUAUCAGCAAAUACAAUGGAAAUCCUUUUGGAUUUUAUUUACACAGAAACUGUUAAAGUCAGUGUUGAGAAUGUACAGGCAUUAUUGCCAGCAGCUUGUUUAUUGCAGUUAAAUGGUGCAAAAAGGGCCUGUUCUGCAUUUUUGGAAAGUCAACUAGAUCCUGCCAACUGCCUUGGUGUAAAAAACUUUGCUGAGACCCACCACUGUGAAUCAUUGAGGCAAGCAGCAGAGAAGUUUAUACACAAACAUUUUGUUGAUCUGAUUAAAUGUGAAGAGUUUUUGCAAUUGGAGUGCAAUGAUAUUAAAGAAUUGAUUCAAAAUGACAAUAUUACGAUACCAUCAGAAGAGGUUGUAUAUGAAGCAGUUAUGAUGUGGAUCAAACACAAUACAGAAGAUCGUAAAGAAUAUCUGCCAAGUUUACUUGAGAAUGUUCGAUUGCCAUUGCUCACACCACGUUAUCUUACUGAUGUCAUUGAUGAUGAGGUUUUGGUUCAUCGAAGUUUUGCCUGUCGGGACUUGGUUGAUGAGGCAAAGAAAUACCACCUCAGACCUGAGUGUCGUAUGGAAAUGCAGAGUGAAAGAACGCGCGCUCGCCUGGGUACUGGACAGGUUUUGUAUGUUUUGGGAGGAUUUGGAGAAUUGCAGACUCCAGUUGAUGUCGUUGAGAGAUUCGAUUCCAGGACAAAUAAGAGCACACUCAUUCAGGCGAUGAGGAAGAAACGUCGAUACUUAUGUUCCGUGUCCCUGGGCUCUAAGUUGUAUGCUAUUGGUGGAUAUGAUGGCUCAGGAAGAUUGAAUUCAGUUGAAUGUUAUGACGUCACCAAACAAGAGUGGACGCCUUCUGCGUCAAUGGUUCAUCGUCGUGGCCUCGCUGGAGCUGCUGUUUUAAAUGGUAAAAUCUACGUGGCUGGUGGUUUUGAUGGUUCCGUGCGUCACACGAGUGUUGAGUGUUAUGACCCGACUAUUGAUAGAUGGACAAUAGUUGGUGAAACUAAUACUGGGAGGGAGGGAGCUGGGCUUGUAAAUAUGGACGAGACAUUGUAUUGUCUUGGGGGGUACGAUGGAAAUGCUAUCUUAAACAGCGUAGAGCGUUUUGACCCGAGGACUGGUGAUUGGUCUCCAGUCGCCACAAUGAGGACCCCACGCUCAGGCGCAGGGGUUGCUGGUCUUGACAGUCAAUUGUACGCCAUUGGUGGUUAUGAUGGCACACAACAUCUUAACUCGACCGAGUGCUACAGCGCAUGCGCUAAUCGCUGGAUGACGUUGAAAGACAUGAAGUAUAAACGUUGUUACGUUGGUACAGCUGUAUUUUGCAGUCAGCUGCAUGCCAUUGGAGGAUACGAUGGCUCAAGUUUACUCGACACCAUUGAGAAGUAUAAUAGUAUCUUGGGGGAGUGGGAGCUAGUCUCAAAACUUCAAUUAAGCCGUUGUGAUAUGGGAGUGGCUGUUGUCAUGGAAACAUGAUAAAAACUGCUAAUAUUGCUGGACACACAUUUCCUGUCCAGUUAGGUUGAUUUUUAGACGAAACUAAGGAAAUCCUCCGUGGUCGAGAUUGCGUAGAGGAAAUUUAGCACUUCAGUCACAAUUGGUGUAAACUUCUUGGAUGUUAAUCACUAAAGGCGUAUGUCAAUAAUUCACUGAA